GCCGGAGACGCCGGUGGAUUCUGGUUGGUGAUGGCUGGAAUGUUCGUUCUCAGUCCUUCGAGUUUGAGGUAACCCCUCUCCGUGGACGUUCUAGAACGGUUUAUGUCGCGGUGGACGGUUAGCUCGCCGCCUCUUGGUCUCCUGCGCUUACAGAUUCAUGCCCCGAGUCAGACUACCCACCCAUCCUUUGAGAGUUAAUGAUGGUUUGGUCCCACCAACAAGCCAGCAAGUGCUGGACAGAGAGAUCAUUUUGGAACUGGAGGUGAUGUCCAGAACUUGAAUCAACAUGGGUUUCAGGCUAUUAGCUUGUCUCUUCAACUUUCCUGUUGGAGUAGUCUAUGGAUCCCUGUCUCUCUUUAUUUCAAUUUUGCACAAUGUGUUUCUCCUCUACUACGUGGACACCUUUGUUUCCAUAUAUAAAAUCGAUAAACUUUCCUUCUGGAUUGGGGAGACUGUUUUUCUGAUCUGGAACAGCCUCAACGAUCCUCUAUUUGGCUGGUUGAGUGACAGAGCUUUUCUUAGCACCCAGCAGUCAGGAAUAGCAAUCUCCACUCCAGAGGUUGUUUUGAAGAGACUCAAAGCUCUAAGCCACAAUGGUCCAUUAUUUGCUGUAUCAUUUCUGACUUUUUGGAUUGCCUGGUCCCACCCAGGCUUACAGUUCCUUAUCUGUCUCUGCCUGUAUGACAGCUUCCUUACCAUGGUGGAUCUAAACCAGAAUGCUUUGCUUGCUGAUCUUGCUGUGUCUGCAAAGGAUAGGACUGACCUCAACUUCUACUCUUCACUCUUUAGUGCCAUUGGUUCCCUCUCAGUCUUUAUGUCCUAUGCUGUGUGGAACAAAGAGGACUUCUUCUCCUUCAGGGUAUUCUGUGUGGCUCUGGCUUUCUGCUCAGCACUUGGGUUUACCUUGGCCACAUGGCUGCUGAGGCAGUGGCUUCAGACAGAUGGACACAUGAAAUGGGAUGAAAAUGAAGCAUUAAAAGAAUUAUAUAUUGAUCAUCCUUCUAGAAAUCGAGAGAAAAGAAUCACGCUGGCUGAGUAUCUCAAACAGCUCUCCAGGCAUCACAAUUUUCUAUGGUUUGUCUCUAUGAAUUUAAUGCAGGUUUUUCACUGCCACUUUAACAGCAACUUCUUCCCUCUGUUCUUGGAGCAUUUGCUGUCUGAUCGCAUCUCCCUCUCAAUGGGAUCAUUUCUUCUAGGUGUUUCUUAUGUGGCUCCUCAUCUCAACAACCUCUACUUCCUCUCUCUCUGCCGGAGGUGGGGUGUAUAUGCUGUGGUGCGAGGGCUUUUUUUCCUAAAGCUGUUGCUCAGUGUGAUUAUGCUCUUUGCUGGACCUGACUGGAUCUACCUGCUCUGUUUCUUCAUAGCCAGUAACCGUGUGUUUACUGAAGGGACUUGCAAGUUGCUGAAUCUGGUGGUGUCUGACUUGGUGGACGAAGACUUGGUGCUAAAUCGGAGGCAGCAGGCUGCCUCAGCCCUCUUGUUUGGCAUGGUGGCCUUGGUAACUAAACCAGGCCAGACCUUUGCCCCCUUGAUUGGCACCUGGCUGCUCUCUGCUUAUACUGGUUAUGACAUUUUUCAACGGGAUCCCUUGAGCAGUAUAGUGAGUGCCCAGCCAAGGUUGGCUUCCAGUGUAGCCUGGAAAUCUACACUACGCCAGGGCUGCUUCUACCUCCUCGUUUUUGUCCCCAUGACCUGUGCUUUACUGCAGCUCCUCACCUGGUCACAAUUCAACUUGCAUGGCAGACGCCUUCAGACAGUGAAAUCUCAGCGUCAGGCUUUUACAGAGAGUCACUCUCGAGAAAUCAAGACUAUUUAAUUGCGAGUGAAGAUCACAGCAAGCAGUAUUUUCCCAUUGUCAGUAACUGCAUGACUCAUUUAAAAAGGAAAGAGUGGGAAUAAAAAGAAUUGCUACAUCUUCUUCAGAUCAGCAUCGGCUAGUGGAAGAUAAAUGGAAGCUUUUGAAUUAUCUUGAAUUUCCUGUGAGUCUGGCCAAGGUCUGGUCAGCCUUGUAGAAUUCUUAGAGACUUGAAAAUUUGUAUCUUCUGUAUCCAAAGUUGUCCAGAAAAAGUGAUCAUCUCAUAUUUUUAAAAGUCUUUUGUCAAUUACUUGCUGAUCCUAUUGAUACUAAUUCAUGUCCAGGCUUGGGAGCUAAGCAGUCCAAUUAAAAAUUAUGCUUAUUAAUAAGGGGGGAUAGAGUCGAGUAACUUAGCAACCUUCUGGUCUUUGUAUCCCCUCCUCCAGAUACUGUUUACAGCUUUGCCACAGGUGACAGGUAGGAUUCACAUAUUCCAUUAUCUCUAUUUUUUGCAUUGGAUUGGUGGUCAAGUUUGAUUUAGCUGAAUACAGCUGAAAUAGAUGUAACUCAAUGAUUUCCCAUUGUGGACAACAGGGUACUCGGUUUCUAUAAAACAGCUUUUCUGAAACAGUCAACAUUCAUCCUUUUCAAGAGAAUGAGUGCACUGUAUUCCCACUCAUAGCUUCAAGAUAGAAAUUUGUUUUAAAAAGGCGAGUCCUGGAGGUGGAUGCAGUUGUAUUUGAAGUCGUGCAUUUUCAGUCUGUUCUGGAGUCCUAAUGCUUAUGCUGGAAAUCCACUUUCCCCUGUUCUGCAUAAAGGUAAGGGCUAGAGUGGUCCGUGCAUAUCUACAGGAUAUAGAUAUACAGCUGGCUGGGGAAUUCUGGGAGUUGAAGUUCACACAUCUUAAAGUUGCUCAGGUUGAGAAACACUGGCCUAGACAGAAAUAGCCUUGAUUUCUCUAGAUGUUUUGGGCUACAUUUCCCAUAAUUCCUGAUCACAAUCCAUGUUAUCUGAGGAUAAUGGCAUUUUAGUCUAAAAUGUCUGGAGGGCACCAAGUGCAUACCCUUGCCUUCCGUUAUGUGCAAUGGCUGUAAGAGAGGUUCAUCGUGAAAUUCCAGUAGGCAACUAAUAGUAUUAGCUGACCAACUCUGUUCUACCUCUGCAGUAUGGGAGGGCAAGCCAAAAAUCUGUUGGUCUGCUCUUUUCCUGUUUGCAUCUUUUAUUGAUCAGUCAUUGGCAAAAGAAGCUAGGCAAAUCCCAACGUUUUCUGGAAUCAUUCAAAAAUCCAGUGCUGUUUUUGUUUUUAGGGAACAGAGAAAUCUGUUUCCUCUGCAAAUUGAACCAGAAAUGCUACUGGUUGAAUAGGACACCCUUGCAUUCAGGGGCCUGUAAUUUGGCAUAAAAUGAUACUGCAAAACCAGCUGCAGAACUCCAAGUAGCACUUUUAGAGUGAAAAUCUGCAGUGGGAAAUGGAAGAAAAAUGUUGCAUCCAACAUUUUUGGCUGUUGGUUGCUAUAGUAAAGAUAAAACAGUUCACAUCACUGUAGGACCAAGUCACAUCCUCCUUUGUGUGUGCCAAGUAUCACUCACCUUGUUUAGGCAGUAGCCUUAGCUACUGCAACUGCCAUUUUGCCUUCAAAAUAGAAAUUGGGAUGAUGAAAUGUUUACAGCUUUUGUAUUGUUGGAUGGCUUCACUAAUUUAUUGCUCUCAAUUUAUAUGCUAAUUGCAUUGAUUCUCAUUUCAUUAAACAUC